CCAGAAUCCAUUAAAGGCUCAAAUACUAUAUAUGAUCUGCCUUUUUACCUUUUCUCAUCUAGAAAGUCUCACACCUUUUUGAGGACACUCUUUGAUGACAGUGACAUUAGAUGUGUCCAGGUCACUUGUGUUAUAAGCUGGUCUACAAUCUGGAUUCAUCUGUAUGUUUCCUCAUGAUGCUGAUUACUAUAAGAGAAAGAAAGAAUCAAGGUUUUUAUGUGAAAUAAUCCUGAUGUUUAUACACCACACAGGCCACCCAGAACACAGCUUAGAGGCCACCUCCAGCCCCGGCCAGCACCCACUCAUCCGGGCCUUCCCUCCCCUUCCUCCUCUGCCCACUCUGCCUCAGCGCAGCAGUGUCUUCUGGGCAGUCCGGGUUCCCAGGGCCCAGGGUGGUGGCAGGCCCUCCAGCUGGUCCCACUCAGUCUGUCCUGUUUUCCAGAUUCUGGUACAGGUCAAAGAGGUCCUCUCCAAGCUUAGCACACUCGUGGAGACCACACUUAAGGAGACAGAGAAGAUUACAGUGUGCGGGGACACCCAUGGCCAGUUCUAUGACCUCCUCAACAUAUUUGAGCUCAACGGUUUACCCUCAGAGACCAACCCCUAUAUAUUUAAUGGUGACUUUGUGGACCGUGGCUCCUUCUCUGUAGAAGUGAUCCUCACCCUUUUCGGCUUUAAGCUCCUGUACCCGGAUCACUUUCACCUACUUCGAGGCAACCACGAGACAGACAACAUGAACCAGAUCUAUGGAUUUGAGGGCGAGGUGAAGGCCAAGUACACAGCCCAGAUGUACGAGCUCUUCAGCGAAGUGUUUGAGUGGCUCCCGUUGGCCCAGUGCAUCAAUGGCAAAGUGCUGAUCAUGCAUGGGGGCUUGUUUAGUGAAGACGGCGUCACCCUGGAUGAUAUCCGGAAGAUUGAACGGAACCGGCAACCCCCUGAUUCAGGUCCCAUGUGUGACCUCCUCUGGUCAGAUCCGCAGCCUCAGAACGGACGCUCAGUCAGCAAACGGGGAGUGAGCUGCCAGUUUGGGCCCGAUGUCACCAAGGCCUUCCUGGAGGAGAACCACCUGGACUACAUCAUCCGUAGCCACGAGGUCAAGGCUGAGGGCUAUGAGGUGGCACACAGUGGCCGCUGCGUCACCGUCUUUUCCGCCCCCAACUACUGCGAUCAGAUGGGGAACAAAGCCGCCUACAUCCACCUUCGGGGCUCCGACCUGCGGCCCCAGUUCCACCAGUUCACAGCAGUGCCUCACCCCAACGUCAAGCCCAUGGCCUAUGCCAACACGCUGCUGCAGCUGGGAAUGAUGUGAGGCAACGGCGGCCUGUGUCUUGGGGCCCCUCCACCCCCACCCGACCCCAGGCCCAGGCUGGGGGCAGAGCAGGCCCCGCCCCAGGGCAACGUUGGACCCCCUUUUACUUUGUAAAGUUUGUAUUUAUUCCCCUUUAGGUUCGCAGAGGGGGUGGGGGCAGAGUCAGGGGCCGGCCAGAGGGUCCACUUCCUGGAUAAAGAGGAAGGAGCUGGCGAAGCUGGGGUUGGGGGCACAGCCCGGGCAUUCUGGAGGGAGGCCAGCCUCGGGGCAGGAUGGGGCCAAGCGGCACCCUGCUCCCCUCGAUGUGUGGUUCCUCCCCCACUAAAGCAAUAGGGCCCUGCCAUAGGAAGACCCCCAGAGAGAGGGUCAUCAGGGAGGCCUCGCCUGCAUCCCCCUCCUGGUAGCCCCAGGGUGGGGCUAGGCUGGGGCCCACCCCCUUCCCCAGCUAUUUUAUGUCUGUAAUUAAAUAUGUUAAAAUAAAGUCAUUAUUGUAUGUCA